GGGCGGCCCGGCCUGACCUCGACCUCGGCCGCGGGCCCGACCGGCGAGUCCCACCGGGCCGGCGCAGGUCCGGGCCCGCGAGCCCCUCCCUCCACCUGUCCCCGCCCGGGCGCCCGGCGCGGGCUGUGCUCGCUCGCAGCGGCGGGGCCCGCAGGCGGCCAUGGCGGCGGGCGCCGGGGUCAGGCCGGCGCCGCGCUGGCUGAAGGCGCUGGCGGAGCCGCUGAACGCGGCGCAGCUGCGGCGGCUGGAGGAACACCGCUACACAGCCGCGGGCGUCUCGUUGCUUGAGCCGCCGCUGCAGCUCUACUGGACCUGGCUGCUCCAGUGGAUCCCGCUGUGGAUGGCCCCCAACUCCAUCACCCUCCUGGGCCUCGCCAUCAACCUGCUCACCACGCUCCUGCUCAUCUCUUACUGCCCCACGGUCACCGAGGAGGCACCGUACUGGACAUACCUUUUAUGUGCAUUAGGACUCUUCAUCUACCAGUCACUGGAUGCUAUUGAUGGGAAACAAGCCAGAAGAACAAAUUCUUGUUCUCCUUUAGGGGAACUUUUUGACCAUGGUUGUGACUCUCUUUCCACAGUUUUUAUGGCAGUUGGAGCUUCAAUUGCUGUUCGCUUAGGAACUCAUCCUGACUGGUUGUUUUUCUGCUCUUUUAUUGGGAUGUUCAUGUUUUAUUGUGCUCACUGGCAGACUUAUGUUUCAGGCGUGUUGAGGUUUGGAAAAGUGGAUGUAACUGAAAUCCAGGUAGCUUUAGUGAUCAUCUUUGUGUUGUCUACAUUUGGAGGAGCAACAGUGUGGGACUAUAUGAUACCCGUCCUAGAAAUAAAAUUGAAGAUCUUACCAGUUCUCGGAGUAGUAGGUGGAGCAAUAUUUUCCUGUUCAAAUUAUUUCCAUGUUAUCCUCCAUGGUGGUGUUGGCAAGAAUGGAUCCACUAUAGCAGGUACCAGUGUCUUGUCACCUGGACUCCACAUAGGAAUAAUUAUUAUACUGGCAAUAAUGAUCUACAAAAAGUCAGCAACUAAUCUGUUUGAAAAACAUCCUUGUCUUUAUACCCUAAUGUUUGGAUGUGUCUUUGCUAAAAUCUCACAGAAACUGGUGAUAGCUCACAUGACCAAAAGUGAACUGUAUCUUCAAGACACUGUCUUUCUUGGCCCAGGUCUUUUAUUUUUAGACCAGUACUUUAAUAAUUUCGUAGACGAAUAUGUUGUUCUAUGGAUAGCAAUGGUCAUUUCUUCAUUUGAUAUGAUGAGGUACUUUAGUGCUUUGUGCCUGCAAAUUUCAAGACACCUUCAUCUAAGUAUCUUCAAGACUUCAUGUCAUCAAGCACCUGAACAGGUUCACAAGCAUAUUGACUAAUAGCCCAAGGAAAAGAGGAGAAGCAGUUAGGGGAACCUAUGAGUGAAGGAAAUCCCCUUUUUCAGGAGGUUCAAGUUCUUCCUUCAAAGAGUCAUCAGAAUAACAUGGAUUGAAGAGACUUUCGAACACUUGCCAUCUCUUGCUGCUGCUGUCACAUGAAAGGAGAUAUUAAACAUUUGUUUAAUUUUUAGAUAAGUGUUAUACAUAUUUCAGCAAAUAAAAUAUUUCAAUGCUUACAAUAAUCCUUAUUUUUUCAAUUUUAAAUAUAAUAACUUACCGUUUCCAUCAUAAUUUUUUUUUGCAACAUAGCCAUUUCUUUUCUAAGUUCAUUUUGUGCACCAGUAAGUAGAUAAUCGUGAUUCUUCUCCAAGUCCUCCAUACUCUAAAACACAAAAGGCUAGUUCAGUUACAAACCACCACUUUUCAUCUCAGGUUCAAAACUUAUACAAUUAAUUUUCAAAAGUAGGAACUUCUUAAUAUUCAACAAUGCACAUUAUUUAUCUCAAAAAUAUUCUAAUACAUGAAAACCAAAAUAUCCACUAAAGGAAUAGAAAAUGUCAGACAUAAAUCAAAUAUUAUUAAAGGAGGUACAAUAGUGUACCUUCUCACUGGAAGAAACAAAAAUAACACAAAAUUUUAUAAAAGGAAUAGAAGCACAACUUCCUGUAGCUAUGUAGUAGAAAAUGGGGAUUUAAUUCCAAUUUAGUUGGCAAAAGAGUAAGACUGAAAGGAAGGUUAGGAAAAAGGGUUAAAAGUAUUCUAGGGCAAGAGCAUAAACAAAAGCAUGAAAGUGCAAAGUGAGUGAGUUCAGAGAAAGCCAUUACGUGGAGGGGUGGAAGUAAUGGAUGAAUGUAGUAAUUGGAGCAUUAAAAAAAAGGAUCAUAUUAUUGGGGGGUGAAUCUUGAAUGCCUAAGAAUUUAGAAUGAGAAGCUACUGACAGUUUUUCAGGAGGGAAAAGGUAAUGUUAUAGAAAGAUAAUAAGGCAGACCCAUGAAGGAUGGGUUGGAAAACAGAGAAAUCAGCUAAGAGUUUUCAUAGUAUAAGGAAAGAAUGAUGAGGUUCUGAACUAGGGCAGUAGCAGUGGAUGUGAAGAAUAAGAGAGAUGGAGGAGUCAAAUAUAGUACUAAAGUUCCUACACCAAGUGGUAACACUUAGUGAUCAUAUUUAGCACUUAAAUUAAAUCGAACACAAUGCAUUCAAAAUGGAAAACUGUUAAGAAUUUAAAAUGUAUAAGCGAAAUGUUUUCCCCUUAAACUGAGAAAAAAAUUAUCUUCUACUUACACACAUGAAUUAUAUUUUAUAAGAAUGUAUUACGUUACCAAAUAUAACAAACCUUUAUGAACUGCUCAUAUAAUUGUUUAAUUGUUUUCAGUCUCUGGCUCUGAACAAUUCUAGACUGUUGAAAAACUUUUUGUUGCUGUCGAAACAUAUUCUACAAAUGUAAAAGAAAAAAUUAUAUAAUAACAAUUCGGGUAAAAUUUAGCAAAAAUUAAUUCUACAUUACACUUAAAAGGAAUAGUUUUUAAAUCAAUAUUUUUAAGAUUUUAACAUUUACUAUGACUGAGUUUAGAUAAUUUGUGUUCACCACUUAUAUACAACAAUAAUAACCCUACCAGUCAUUGAGUAGGAAAUCUCAACAAUACUCAAAACAUGUCCUAAUUCUUGGUGCUUUCAAUGUCAACACAGAUGAUCCUUACCAUAUUGCUGGUCUUUCAGUUUCUUGGCCUGUUUUCCACCAAUGAUUUUUGUUGUUCACCCUACUUUAGCCAUCCACUUACAUACGCAUACCCUAGAUUUUGUCAUUACCAAAAACUGUAACCUCUGCAUAGUAUUAAUAAUAGCAAACUUGAUAUUAACAAUGUGUUAGGAAGCAAAGACCAACAGCUUUUAUGAGUAUGGUAUGUGCCUGUACUUCUGCAUUCAGCAGAACCAAACUCAUAGCCAGCAGUGGGCAAUGGAACCUGGCUAAGGUCCAUGGGUGUACUGCAAGGCCGGCCUCCCCCUUCCUACUUGACACUUGGUUAUAGUAGAUUAAUUAUAAAGCUAUAAAGCUAAGCAUAAUACUAACAGCUAGUUUUUCUUCUUGUUCCUCAGCUUUCUUCACAUCUAUAUCCCACUGCUGGAACAAAGUCAGAAACUGCUGAGAAUAUUCUUGGUUAAGCUUCUGCCUGUAAAGCGUAAUGAAUAUUGUCAUAUUUCACAUCAAUAUGGAAAAACUUUCAAAACAAAACUGAUUUGACAUAAUUAUACUAUAAUAAAAGAAAAUCAUAUCAAAUUUUCAGAUGUGAAGCCAAGAAGUAAAGUUAUGAUUUAUGAUGAUUCAGAAGUAUUUAUUUUCCUAACCAACUAACAGAAAAUCCCUCUCAUGUGCUUUAAGCUCUUGAAAACUAAGGGAGUUUUAUUGUACAUAUACAUUUUCCAGAAAAGUCCAUUUUAUCUCCAAGCAAUUUAUUUUUCAUUUUCUCCUACUGAAUAUAGGUUGUGAUAUGAUAAAUAGAUUCACUGAAGUUAUUAUAUUUAUCAUAUAAGAUUUCCAAAUAGAAAUAUUUCACUUAAUUUUUCCCCAUUUUGGUAUAAUGAUUUUGUACAAAAGAAUAGUUAAUUCAGCUAAAAUAUACAAAUUAUUUAUAAUACAUAAGGUUGAUCUUUUUCUACACUGUUAAACAGUUAACUAUCAUUAAGACUAAUGGUUUAUAUGACAUUUACUUUUUAUUCAGCUAGUGUAUUUUUAGAAUGAAUAUAAAUUACCUUUAUUGUUAAAAAAAAACCUCAAACAUUAUUUAAAAGGGGAAAAAGGACAUCUUUAUUGAUUUCUAGGAAAUAUAUCUCAAGUCUGUGAAGGAAUGAAGUUAUAGGACUAAAGGACUUAAAGGAAAAUCAAGCCAAAUAUACUUUUUUACUAGAGAUCCCAAUAAGUAGAAGAUGAUAGUAGUUCUCAUAAUUUGCACCAAUGAAUACUAAGAAAUGAUGCAAAUGUUGUGGCAGUGAAAAAACCAACAGCCUUACCUUUGCUCUUGUUGGGUUUUCCAAACAUUUUCAAUUUUCUGGUUACUGGUUUUGAGAGAAGCCUUGGUAUACAUUUCUAGUCUUUUUCUCUUGGCAAGAAGAGCCUUGUUAAUAUCAGCUAUAUUGAAAAUAAAUACUCAUUAAAUUUAAUGUGGAAGAAAGUUACUUUGUUCCCACAUAUUCAAAUAAACAUGGAUAAAGCUGGUUCAAGAGUUUUGAAAAGAUCUUUAAAAAUACACAUAAUAUCAAAAAGCAAGAUCAUUUCCUUGCUUUUUUUUUCUGAGAAAACUUUUAGUUAUUGGUAUCCCAAUUCUGAUCUUCCUAACUAGAGAUAAUUUUUUAAUUUAGAGGUGAUUAAAAAGAGCUAAUAACUGGAAAAAAGGGUCUCAAGGACAGACUUUAAUUUCUUCAUCAGAAAACACUAAUAAAGGCUAAAUUUAGAACUCAUUAUAUGAAACAAAACUAUUUUGAGUCUAAAAAGAAUAAAAAUAGUUAAAAUAAUUUUUUAAAAUAUAGUCAGUGAUACUUUAAAAUAUAUUUUUUACUAAAAGAGACAAAGACCAACCAAGCAUAGGAAAAUCUUAUUUUUAAGUAAAUAUCUAAAUAAAUUCAAGAACCCUUUUAAAUACUUUUUUAUAGAACAUUUUUACCAAUAAUAUAAGUACUGCAUUUCAUAAACUUUUUAAUACUUCAGGUAAUUCUUUGCUAGGCACGUGCAUAUGGAUCUACCAUCAAUAGUUAUUUUUCAGUAAUCAUGAUGAGGUGACCUACACUAUUACAUAAAUAUUUUGUAUUUCCAAUAUCCAUCUAUAAUAAUAAAUUUAUAAGACAGAUUAUAAAACAAGCAUUUUGUUACUACCAAAUAGGGCAAAGCUUUCAAAAAAGACUUGAUUAUAUGAAUAAUGCUAGAGAGGAGCCAAAUAUUGACUCUUUUAUAAGACUACUAUCCCCUAACACGGUUAAUGUAACUGAUAUUUGACAUACAAUUUAAAGUUUAUGAACUUUUUAUCUGAUCUCUUACUAGCAAGGUGGUCUUUAAUUCUCAGCUACAUAGUUUAAUAAUGUAAAAAUAAAAAUGAAGAGUUAUUUUAAAGGCUUCAAUUUACAUUGCCCUUCCUAAAGAAAAGAACACAGGAAUGCCAUAGAAAAUAACUAAAUUGAGAAAAUGAAAAACUGACACAUACACAGAUAGUGCGUGUGUUUGUAUCACUUAGUCCGUGAAAGUCCAAACAAAGAGGGAUAGACACUUUUCCCAUCCAUUUUUGCUCUAAAAUUUCAUAGUCCAUUAAGCUCACACAUCUAUAAAGUAACAGGACCAUUCUUAACUCACCAUUGUUAGCACCAUCUCUUUUCACAUCAACAACUGGAAAAGGUUAGUAAGGAAAUCUAUGAAGCCGAACCACAUAUACUUGUGCAAAAUCUUACAUAUGAGAACAAAGCAUUAAAUAACAGUCUUAUAGUCCACUGAUUAUUUACUAUUAUACAAAUUAUAUGAUUUGAAUACAAAUAUCUCCUAAAACAUACCUCCAAAUCUUUCCAGCAUACUCUGUACUUCACCCCUGUGAAAAAAAUUACAUCAAACAACUUUUAAUUAAGGAUCCAUAAAAUAUCAUUCUUGUUUUGGAAGAAAUAUCACAUGGCCAGUAUUUUACAUACAAUACUCGUUGGACAACCAAAUAGACUUUUCUUUAAGUCUAACAGGUGAAAAUUGAGCAUAUUACCCCAUGUCUUCAACUAUUCCUGCAGAAGUCCUCUUCUUCCCAUGUUUAUCAAGUACUGGAGUCUUCCCUGAAUUGACAGUAAAAAAAGAAAAAGAGUUGAAAUUAAGUAUGCUAUUUCGGUAAUUUUUAAAUGGAGUAAUAUCUUAAUUUUGAGGUUUUUUGAGGCUUUGUGCCAAGACAAGUUUUUAAAGCAGACAUAUAAAUGCACUACUUUCUCUGCAGGUUAGAUGGAAUUAAAUCAGGAUCCAAGACCAUUUUAUGGGAACAAUUUUGCAAGUCUUCCUGUGUUAAUGUCGUAAUAAUCUAUGUACUGUCUAUAAGACAUCAGGCGAAAGAUGCUAUAGAAGCUUCACUGAGUCCGAAUAAGAAACACGAAGUACAUGAAAAUAAAUGCAGGACAUGGUCACUGCCCAACACCAUUAGCUAUACGAUUUCCCGGUACGUUUUCUUCCAGAGGGCACCAUGUCUCGAUGUUUUCUGAUUUAAAAAAAAAAAAAAAGAUCAAACCUGCUGAAUCCAAAGACACCAUUUAAAUAAACUGGCAAAUUUCAAAAUGAGCGAUAUCAAAUAAAGAUGAUUUUGGUUGAAUACCACUUGAGGAGUCUCUUCAUCUAUUCUGUUGGACCAAAAGUUAACAGAAGAAGAUAAUGACUGCGCCGCCCCUGACGCCGGCGGUGCUGUGAUGGAGAGUUCGCCUCCGAGGACGGGGAGGGCGACGGAAUCCUAGACCGGCCAGCUUCUGGCUAAAUCGGGGCAAAUCUAGAUCCUGCUGAUUUCAGUCACAAUGUGCAAAUCGUAAUUACUGACAGGAUCGAUCACGAGCCCGCCCCAAAGAAGUUGCCAGCAACAGAAAUACAACAUAAAACGUUCUGCGUCCUGGGCCGCAGAAAAUGACGUCAAGAUUUCCACGACCCCAGGCCUCGAGGACCAGUGAAGGGGAGCCCUGGCUUCACCUAAAUGGUUUCUGCGGGGCGUGGGCGCGCUGACGAGGGCCCACCCUCCUCGCCUGCUGUCAACCUGUCCACCCGCCCGGCGUCGCGUCCAGUCCCGAGGCAGCCCAGCCGGCGCCUUUCCGCCCACUCACGGCCCUGCCCGCAGGGAGCGGUACUGCCUGCAAAUUCCUGUCAGAGGCCCCAGGGAGAGCCAGCGGGUAAGAUUUACCUCACAGGUCAAGAAUAACCCCUGGCUCAGAUUCCCGCGCGGGACAAACGCUCCCCUCCUCACGCCUGAAAAACACCCCCAUGGCCGACGACCACAGUUAUAUGUCUCCGUACAGGCGUCCCCGCCGCUCCCGCCUCACCUGCCCCAACGCCUCAGACUUGACCUCUUCACAGCCUCGACGCUCCUCCGAAGCAAGUCAGAAUUAGCGCGGCAGAAAAGCCGACCUCGCCUCGCCCGGGAGCGUCUCUGAUUGGCUGGCAGGAGGGCGCAUGCGUGCAGCGGCCCCGGGGCUCCGCUCCGCCCAGCGAGAGCGCUGACCCAGAGCACCUUGCGGGCGGCGAUCUAUGGCUAGUACACCUGAAGCGAGGCACUUUCCAGUUUCUUUUUGUAACUUAAGUUUAAAAUUUUCACAAUAUUUUAAUAAUAAAGUUGCAACAGAAUAUAAAGAACACAACUUAAUUUGUGAAGUACAGUUUUACCAGAGCCUAUUGCAUCUCCUCAGGGAGUCCUUUCCCUCCCAUCCCCCCCAUUCCCUACUCAGAGAUUAUUUUUUAAUUAUCUUGAAUUUUGUGUUAAUCAUUGGACCCUACCAUUUUCUAAGUUUUGUUACCGCCUGUAUGUGCCCUGAGACAACUCUGCUUAGUUCUGUUUGUGUUUGGGUAGUAUAGAAAGUUGUACCAUAUUCUAUGUAGUAUUCUGUCACUCGCUUUUUUUUUUUAACCAUUUUUUAAAAAUCAGACAUCAAUUUUAUACACAUCACUUUAUACAUGUCAAUCCCAAUCGCCCAAUUCAGCACACCACCAUCCCCCACCCCAGCGCAGUUUUCCCCCCUUGGUGUCCAUACGUUUGUUCUCUACAUCUGUGUCUCAACUUCUGCCCUGCAACCCGGUUCAUCUGUACCAUUUUUCUAGGUUCCACAUACAUGCGUUAACAUACGAUAUUUGUUUUUCUCUUUCUGACUUACUUCACUCUGUAUGACAGUCUCUAGAUCCAUCCACGUCUCAACAAAUGACUGAAUUUCGUUCCUUUUUAUGGCUGUGUCACUCGCUUUUUAAACUUAACAUUACGUCACUAAGAGAAUCUAGAUGAUUACACGUAGCCAUAGUUCUUUCAUUUUCACUGCUGCAAAAUAUCCCAUUGUGCCUCUAUUCCACCAUUUAUUCAUUUAUUUUCUUGUCUGUGGACAUGUGGGUUAUUUUCAGAUUACAGCCUAUAUAAACAAUGAUACUAUGAAUAUUCUAAUCUCCUGCAUAUAUGCUAAAGUUUUUACAGAGUAUCUUGGGUGUGAAGUUGCUCGGUCAUAGGCUAGAUGAUGUAAAGCCAAAUUGGUUUCAAAUUUAUACUCCCACCAACAGUGAGUUCCCAUUGUUCAAUGCACUCAUCAUCACUUGGUAUAGUCAGAUUUCUUAAUUUUGCCAUUCUAGUGGGUGUAAAAUAUUUCUUUAGGGUCUGCUUUUGUAUUUCUCCAGUCACUCAUAAGAUUAAGCUCUUGUUAUGCUUAUUGGCCAUUUGCAUUUCCUUUUCCUUAAAAUAUCUAUUUGGGUUUCUUGCUCAUUUUUCAAUUGGGUUAUGUGUUUCUUAUUGACUUGUAGCUCUUUAUAUAUGGGGGCAGUGUUAAUAUUUAUGACUGCUUUCUGUAUCUUUUUAAAGGAAUUUAUUUUUAUCCUGAAGUCAUAAAAAUACAAAAGUUUUAAGGUUUUAUUUUCAUUUUUAAGCCUUUGUUCAUCUAGAAUUUAUUUUUGUGCCUGGUGACAGGUAGGGUCCAAUUACUUCCCGCCCCGCCCCUCACUGUGGAAACCAGUUGAUUGAAUAGUGCAUGCUUUCCCUUUAACAGCUAUGUCAUCUGUCAUGUUUCUGUAUGUUCUUGAGUCUGCUUCCCCAGCCUGUUCCACUGGUCAGUUUGCCUAUUCCUGUGCCAAAGUCAGUUUUCAUCAUUCCAGCUUUAUUAAAGGUUUGGCAUCUAAGAGGGCAAGCCACAUCUUAUUUUUUCUUCAGGAGUAUCCUGUGUAUUCUUGAACUUUUGCUUUUCUAGUAAAUUUUAGAAUCAGUUUUCCAAGUUCCAGGAAAAAAAACAAAACAAAACAACCUACUGGAUUUUAACUGGAAUGGCAAUAAAUCUAUACAUCAAUCUGGGGAGAACUGAGUCUUCCGAUUCUUGAAUGUAGCAUAUUUUCCAUUUAUUUAGAACUUCUUUAAUAUAAUUCAAUAAAGUUAAAUUUUUUUCUCUGUGUA